UUAAAUUGGUCGCCUCUCUUUUUCUUCUUUUCGACAAAAGGGUCUUGGCAGAGUGCAAUUCUAGUGAGGAAUAGGAAAGCCAUGGCGGGUGGUUGCAGCAUCAGAGCCGUAUGGAUCCUCAGUAGCCUCGACACCGUCGUCUUCUCUAGGAGGUUUCCGGUGGUGGAGAAACGGUGGCGAGCGGCUUGCAGGAGUGAGAACCUCACUUGCGCUAUACCUGAUAGUGAUACUCUUAACUAUGCCGUAUUUCCUUCACUCCCAACUGAUUCUGAGCUUGUUGCUGCUUUCGUUGAGAGAAAGAGAAGAGAAGGGUCUAUUCGUGGGCUUGGCAUCCGUAUGAGUCAUUCGGCUAAAGGGUCAGAUUCCUGGGUUGAUGAUCCAAUCACAAGGCACAUAAUUGGUCUCUAUAUAAACAAAGAAGAGGAUGGGGAUAACAAUCUUCUAUGGCCUUUAAUCUUGCAUACAAAGGGCCAAUACUCUGUCCUUGUGUUACCUUUAGUUGAACCCAGGCAUCUGAAGGCAUAUGCGGUGUUAUGCAAGAGAUCUGAUUGUGGAAUUGCUGUCGGAGUGGAUAACAGUCUAUCUUCCUUGUUGCUUGAUCUUCCAUCCAUCACAGGGGCGUUCAUGGUGGCGCAUGCUAUUGGUGAUACAAUCACUGGCGAGGUAGUAGAACCUGAGGUGAUUGUAAACACAUCUCCAUCUGUCGGGGGACUGUUGGACUCGCUAACUGGAAGUAUAGGAAUAUCUGGAAUCUCCUCAAGGGCAAAACCUGUAGCUGCUACAGUUUCAUCGUCAAACCCAUCUAUUACUGCUGUAACUGGAGCAGUAGCCUCAGAUACUCCUAGGAUUGGUACAAGGCCUUUAGACAAAGAUGCUCUUCGAACUUUCAUAACAAGCUCAAUGCCCUUUGGUACCCCAUUGGAUUUGAGUCAUUCUAAUAUUUUCUCAAUGAAGGUUAAUGGAUUUUCUACGUUAGAUUUGCCUCCUUCAGACCUAAAACAACCAGCAUGGAAGCCAUAUCUUUACAAAGGAAAGCAGAGAGUAUUAUUCACAAUUCAUGAGGUUGUACAUGCUGCCAUGUAUGAUCGAGAUGAAAUUCCAGAUAGUAUAUCCAUUUCUGGUCAAAUAAAUUGCCGAGCAGAGUUAGAAGGCUUGCCUGAUCUGUCAUUCCCCUUGACAGGGAUGAACACAAAUCACAUUGAAGUUUUAUCCUUUCAUCCUUGUGCCCAGAUUCCAGAACAGGGUAUGGAUAAGCAUGCUGUCAUGUUUUCUCCACCAUUGGGUAAUUUUGUCAUAAUGCGUUAUCAAUCAAAGUGUGGCAUUGGACCUCCUGUCCAGGGAUUUUACCAAUUGUCAAUGGUUUCUGAAGACAAAGGUGCAUUUUUAUUCAAGUUGAGGUUGAUGGAAGGUUAUAAGUCUCCUCUUACAAUGGAGUUCUGUAAUGUGACAAUGCCUUUCCCUAGGAGGAGAAUUAUAUCCUUUGAUGGCACUCCUUCUAUUGGAAUAGUUUCAAACACCGAGCAUUCAGUGGAAUGGAAAAUUAUAACAACUGGGCGGGGCCUCAGUGGGAGAAGUAUAGAGGCAACCUUCCCUGGAACAGUGCAAUUUGCCCCAUUGCAAAUUCAAAGGUGGCCUAUGUCUAGCUCAGCCUCUGGACUAAUGGCUGAUGAAGAUAGUGAUGCUGAGACAGAUGGUUCCAAUAAUAUGGUAAACAUUGAUGAAUGCUUGAUGGAAAAAAUGAACAAGGAUCUUCCUUCAGUUGAUUUGGAAGAGCCAUUUUCUUGGCAGGCGUAUAACUGUGCCAAGAUAUCAUUCAAAAUUGUCGGCGCACCAUUGUCUGGAAUAUCAAUUGAUACGAAAUCUGUAAGUAUUUAUCCAGCUGUUAAAGCACCUGUGGAGCUAUCAACUCAGGUUACUUCUGGAGAUUACAUUUUGUGGAAUACAUUAGGUCCGUGCCCCUCAGCAGCUGUGGCAAAGGUGUAAAAGGAUGGAUAUGAAUAUAAGGAGAGAGAUUUGCAGAAUAGGUUUACCAAAUUGUUCCAACUUCCAGGUUCCCUGCAUUCAAAUACUUGAUGGAGAUAUAAGUCGACAAAUCCAGGAGAUGGUGCAAGUUUGUUGGUUGCCGUUGUAGCGACUAGUGAGUUCUUCAGCUUCUUUUUGUUUUGUAGCAUUCAUUUUCUUUUGUGGACGCCAUGAGCUAAUCCUAUAUUUAAAUUAUUAUUUAUUUUUGCUUGAAAAAAUGAUUCAAGACAUCGAUUUUCCCUCCCAUUUGUGUAAGAGCGGCUGUAAACUGUACACUAAAUAAAGAGUUUCCCUUUUCUUCUGCCACUUGGGUGGGAUGGGAACAAUGAUUUGAUUUAAAAA